AGUUGAAAGAAGAAAGAUGGGUUAGCCAUAGACUGUGUUUUGUGACCUCUGAACGCAGGCUGGAUCAAACCUACUAUGAAUCAACGCAGGCGUUGAUCUGUGAGCCCUGGUGGUAAUCAAGUUUUACCAAGUUUCAAGAUGGUGCGUCCACAAAAGUAUGUGUCUCUUGAAGGCCAAGAAGACUUCCUUAAAAAGUACCUUCAUCUGAAACUACUGAAAGCAGAUAUUAAAGAACCACAUUCAGUUAUUGGUGUUAUAUGUGUGCAUAUUUUCAAAAUGAACAAUGUUAAGCUUAGAAGAUCAAUUUAUAAGAAGAUCAUAUCAUUGAAAAAGGUAUCACCUGAAAUGGAGCCUCAACCAACAACCAAUGAAACAUUAGUUGAAGGUAUGUUUGACAUGGGCAGUACAGAAAUGAAUACUGAAAUGGAAAAUCCGAAAAAGGUAUCAUCUGAAAUGGAGCCUCAACCAACAACCAAUGAAACAGUUGAGAGUAUAAGUGACAUGGACAGUACAGAAAUGAAUCCUGAAAUGGAAAAUCCUAAAAAGGUAUCAUCUGAAAUGGAGCCUCAACCAACAACCAAUGAAACAUUAGUUGAAGGUAUGUUUGACAUGGGCAGUACAGAAAUGAAUACUGAAAUGGGAAAUCCUAAAAAGGUAUCAUCUGAAAUGGAGCCUCAACCAACAACCAAUGAAACAUUAGUUGAAAGUAUGUUUGACAUGGGCAGAACAGAAAUGAAUCCUGAAAUGAAAAAUCCUAAAAUGGCAGACACCCCGCCAAAAAUACAGAACAUUCUAAUGAAAGUACGAUAGAAUUGAAAAAGACAAAUGAAAGUGACAUUCUUGAUGACAGUAUGUUGAGCAAACAGUCAGAAGUGAAGGACCAAUUUCUUCAAGAGUUCACUGUUAUUUUAGAAUAUAUGGAAUGGAAGAAGAUCCGGCCUUUAAAAGGAACACACACUUUAGUGAAAGGAUCAGGUUGGCCAUCACUUCUGGCUGAGAAAUUCAACCAGAUGAUACCAGGAUGCGUCCUCUCCUUCAAGAACCAUACUGUAUACAAUGGUUCCAGAGGUGGUUACUUUAGGGCAAACGCACAUUGCAAGCAUGAGGGUUGCGGGGCCUUUGUUUUUUCAAUGAGAAAGAAGCCUCCAAAACACUCGAGUGCACAGAUCCUUGUAACUGUUACCCACCCAUAUACAAGACACUCGCGCAUGGCAAUUAAAAAAAGGCGACUUCAAGGACAGCAGCGUAAAGAGACACAAAAAAGGCUGAGAAUGUCGAAUCCUUCAAAAUUGUUCUAUGAACAACUAGGGAGCAUGGACCGCAAACAAUUUUCAAGUGGGAAUUACACACAAUCCCAAUCAAAAGAAGUCCUUAGACAGGCUAAGAGUGAGUGGAACUUGGCUGAGAUUGAACACAAGGAUCCUUUCACAGAACUAUGUAUUGUGGCAUCAACCCUGGCAGACUGUCUUCCUGGAAAAAGCAAUAGCCUCAACUUGCGAGGUUAUGUGCAGACCAUCUCAUACCAGCCAUUCUCUACAAUACUGUUUUCCUACGAGUCAUUGAUGGCAGCAAAGAACAACAUACAGAAUGCAGAUGGAACCUUUUACUUUGAUGCCACUGGGGGAGUAGCUUUUUUAGCUGGAAAAAGUCGCCGCAAAUUGCUUUAUUAUGCUCUGGUGCAAAAAGGACUGAACAACUCUGUGGUGCCUGUGCUACAGUUUCUCCUGGAAAAUCAAACCACAGUGGCCAUAGUCAAUCCACUGCUGCUGUUUUUCACUGCAUUAAAAAAGUGCACAAAACACUGUUCACCUAAACGUGUGGAAAUGGAUUUCAGUUGGGCAAUUAUCCACAGUGUUCUACAAGUUUUGAACUGCACUACCAUUCAUGUGUACAUCAAAUAUUGUUACAUGCUGAUAACAGCUAAGAUUUCUGCUGACACAGACACAACUGUGAUACAUAUAUGUUCAGCCCACAUGGUUAAAACUUGCAGGGACUACUUGAGGGACAAAGUUCCCAAUAAAGUCAUCAGACAAAAUGCAAUCAAGGCAUUCAGUCUCCUGCAGAAUUGUACAUAACUGACUAAAAUGGAAGAUGUAUGGCGGAUGAUUGUGGUGGUGUUUUCUUCCCGCUACAAGACAAAGCGAGUAGAGGAGUCCAUUAAGAGGUUCCAGGAGAUGCCUGAACUGGUGGAAGAUGUAUCACCCAAUGAAGAUCAUGGUUCCCUGCAAGUUGAUGGAGAAGAAUUUCUUUUCAUUGGACGAUCAUCAUCUGGCAUAAGAGACACAUCACCAUUCAAAAGCCAUUUUAAAACCAUUCGAGAUGCUACUGAAGGGGAACCGUUGCAAGAGAGCACUUCUCAUUUGGAAGAAAAUGGCUACUUCCAACCAGUUGUAUUGGACAUAUUGGUUGACCAGUACCUUCCAUUAGCUUGCCUUUGGAGUGGACUGAUGCUUAAUGUAUAUGGACAGAGUACCACUAAGUCAUCAGGGGAGACCAGUGCAAUCACCAGAGACUCUAAUGCAAUCGUUGAAAGUUGGUUCAACAUUGUAAAAUCAAAACUACUUUGUAAAAAAGGUGGUGUAAGAGUUGGCCAGUUUGUGAAACUGGUUUUCACUGAUGUCCAAGGCAGAUUAAGAGAAUAUGCAGGGGACUCAGAAUUGGAAGGGUUGAAGACCACUAAUGAAGGAGUAGCAGAUGCUAGAGAAAGUUGGUCUAAAAAAAGAAAGCCAGUCAAAAAAGGACCACACUACUAUGCUGCAAAUGCAACAGCUGUUCCAAAACAACCUAAAGAAAGCAAAAGUGGUGCUCAAAUUAAAACAUCCACUCCAACAGAAGCUGAAUGUCCAGAUAAAAUCGAAGCAACGAAUUUAAAACUUGGUACCGAAGAAAUUCCAGAAAAAGUUAUUGAGAAAAACAUUAGUGAAUGCUUUACACCGUUAAUGACCUCUACACCAAAGAAAAAAGCAAGGAAGAAACAAUAUGAGUUAUCUGAAGGUAAUGGCACCCAAGACAAUGCAACUUCUAAGAAGAAAUCAAGGAAGAAACAAAAUAAGAUUUCUGAAGAUGUCACCCAAGACAUUGCAACUUGUAAGACCAAACCAAGAAGCAGUGCAGCAAACAAGGACAAAUGUCUUCCAGUUGAUAAGAAAAGAAGACGUUCCCAGCAACCUGGAACACGCUUGGGAAAGUGUGUUUUACCUCCCGGAUUAAAAAACACACUGAAUACAUGCUGGCUCAUUUCCACGGUGCAGGCAUUUGCUUCUUUAGAAAGAUUUAACCUCAAAUUUAAGAAAUCUUUUUUUUAG